AUGGCGUCGAUUCGACGGACGCUAUCUCCGGCUUAUCACGACCGCAAUCACUACAUAGAUACAGUAUUUUCGUCUUCCUCUCCGUCACACAAACUUCCUUCUUCAAACGCUAAUUACUCUGCUUUAGCGUCGUCGUUUCAGAAAUUAAUCGGUAGCGUUUUCAUGCGACGCUACAAUCGGAAGGGACAAUGGCGAAGAAUUGCUUACAGGUGCGUGCUUUUCUUCUUCGCCGGGAUUUUGUUAGGAAUUUUCCCUUUUGGUAAUCUCAUUCAUGAUAUUCCUCAUCAACGUAACGAGAAUAUUAAUUUCGAUAUCAAGACUCCUCACGCCGACGACGCUCAAUUAGUUCUCGAUGCUCGUGUUCCGGGAGAGCGCGGCGGCGGCGGUGGCGGUGGUGGUGGUGGUGAAGAUACUGGCUUCGUGAUUGAUCCUGUGAGUUUGAGCUUGAGGAUGAAUGAUGAGAAAGUGAAAGUGAAAGCGAGGGAUUUGGUUGAAUCUGAGAGGGUUGAUUUUGUGACGAGGAAGCAAUUGAUUGUGGUGACUCCGACUUAUAACAGGGCUUUUCAGGCAUAUUUUUUGAAUAGGUUAGGGCAGGUUUUGCGUUUGGUGCCGCCGCCGGUUUUAUGGGUGGUGGUGGAAAUGAAUUCUGCUUCUAUGGAGACUGCUGAGUUGUUGAGGAAAACGGGUGUGAUGUAUAGGCAUUUGGUGUGUGGCAAGAAUUCAACUGAUUUGAAGGAUAGAGGGGUUCAUCAGAGGAAUACAGCGUUGGAGCAUAUUGAACAUCAUAGACUUGAUGGGAUUGUUUAUUUUGCUGAUGAUGAUAAUGUAUAUUCUCUUGAGUUGUUUCAGACAAUUAGAGAUAUCAGUCGUUUUGGCACUUGGCCUCUCGCCAUGCUUGCACCAAGCAAAAACAAGGCUAUUUUGGAGGGUCCGGUAUGCAAUGGAAGCCAAGUGAUUGGGUGGCAUACAAAUGAGAAAAGUAAAAGACUUCGUAGAUUUCAUGUUGAUAUGUCUGGAUUUGCAUUCAACAGCUCAAUCCUGUGGGAUCCCAAGCGGUGGCGACGCCCUACUUCAAAACCUAUACGGCAAUUAGACUCAGUGAAGGAGGGUUUUCAGGAGACCACCUUUAUAGAACAAUUGGUAGAAGAUGAGAGGCAAAUGGAAGGUUUGUCUGCUGGUUGUAAGAAAAUAAUGAAUUGGCAUCUCCAUUUGGAUGUUCAUAAUGUAGUUUAUCCAAAGGGUUGGAUGCUUGAGAAAAACCUAGAUGCUGUCAUUCCCAUCAAGUAA